GUCCAAAGCUAUUGUUGCUGAUCCAAUUCUUCGCCAUCACCCUUUCAACAAGCUUUUCCGUCUCUCCUUGUCAAACACUGUCUAGUAUCUCAACAACCCCCCUCAGAAACAUAUCGAAAAUGCUCUCCAUCAGAUCCAUCGCGCGCUCUGCGCCCAGAACCCUUACUCGCCUUUCCCUCAGACAGACCGCGGCGCGCCCCAGUGCCUUCAUCAAGGCCUCCUCUUGGAGUGCCGCCGUCCAGACCCAGCGCGCAUCUGCCUUCUCCAGCUCCGCUUUCAGGAAAGCGGCCGACGCUGAGACCGACGCGGAGCUCGUCGCCAAGCUCGAGAGCGAGCUGCAGUUCGAGGACGAGGUCAAGCAGAACGAGCAGCUCCCUGCGAGCGUCAAGGAUUUCAUCGACAACAGCCCCUUUGAAAUCCACGACAUCCCCGGCAAGGAGGAGGUCAAGCUUACGCGCAACUUUGGCGAGGAGAAGAUCACCGUCACUUUCUCCAUUGCCGACUUGGCCAACUACGACCCCGAGAUGUACGAGAACGACCGCGCUCUCGAGGACGAAGAGUUCGACUCCGAUGUCCAGAAUCCCAACAAGCAAUCCGGCGUCCAGGCCUCUGGCGGCGCCCGCUCCGCCAACGCUGAGGAGCAGCUUGAGGAGGAAGAGGGCGACCUCGACGAGGCCGCUCCCCCUUGCCGUAUGAGCAUCGUCGUCGAGAAGCCCGGAAAGACCCCUGGCGCGCUCAACAUCGACGCCACUGCCCAGGACGGCGCCAUCGUUGUCGACAACAUGUUCUACUACGAGGACGGCAAGCUCGCCCACGCUGGCAACGCCGAGCUCGCCCACGCCCGUGGUGAUAUCUACCCUGGCCCCCCCUUCGGCAGCCUCGACGAGGACCUGCAGAUCCUGAUGGAGCGCUACCUCGAGGAGCGCGGCAUCACCCAGGCCCUGGCCGUCUUCGCGCCUGACUACAUUGACGUCAAGGAGCAGCGCGAGUACGUCCGGUGGUUGAACAACGUCAAGGGUUUCGUCAGCGCCUAAGCCUUGGGACAAUCAGCACUCAACCUACACCACACAAAACGGAGCCGAGGACCAAAAAUCUGGGAGGAAAGACUUGAAUGAUGUAUGAUGGCGGACGCGCGCGCGUGAGUGCGCGAGAAGUGUAAGAUGAUACGAAACCACCCCUGCAAAAGGAAGCUUCUUGGCUUGUCUCAAAAGCUGUUUCCACUCUGUAAUGUACCAUAUCAUAGCCUGGCCGGCGUGCCGGUCGACAUAACAAACUACAUAAUAACAAACAAUUCUCCUGCACG